AUGUCUCCCUCUCUCCAAUUUCCCCUUGAACCCAUUGUAUCUGAUGUCGAUCUUCCCGUAAUCGACCUCUCCAAAUUUCCACAAGAGUUGGAUGAUGAAGAACUAAGCCACCUGGGAGAUCAUCCCAUGCUCGCCAAACUAAGAGAGGCCUGCAUAGAAUGGGGAUUUUUCCGCCUGGUCAACCAUGGAAUUUCAGUAGAGCUUCUGGACAAGGCACAGAACGUUAGCCGAGGUUUAUUGUCCAUGCCAACCGAGGCUAAAGAGAGAGCCACAACCUCUAAUCCUUUCGAUAGUUACCAUCGAAAGAAUAAUUUUGAGACAUUCAGUCUUCUCGACUCCUGUAAAUCAGAAUCUCUAGAACAAAUGUGUUUAAAGAUAUGGCCUGAAGGGAAUCACAGUUUCAGUAAAAUAAUUGUUGCAAGCCUUGGAUUGGAUGCCGUUGCCCUCUACCGUUCUCACUUUGGAAAGUGCAUCUCAAGAUUGAGGUUAAAUGGGUACUCAUCGCACCAAAAAAGUAUAGGUGAGGAGACUCUGGGAUCUCAUGCAGAUCCCGGGUGCCUCACAAUACUUUACCAAGAUGAUGUGGAAGGGCUUGAAAUUCGAUCUCAGGAGGGCAAAUGGUUCAGCGUCAAACCUGUGUCUCAUUCAUUUGUUGUCAAUCUUGGGGACUCACUCAAGGCGUGGAGUAAUGGUAGAUACCGCAGUGCAGAGCAUCGCGUUGUUUGGAAAGGGUGGAUGGAUCGUAUGUCUAUUGGGUUUUUCACUUCAUUUCAAAUGGAGACAGAAAUCUGGGCUCCUCAGGAACUUGUGGACAACAACAACCCAAGGCGUUACAAGCCUUUCCUCGUCUCGCAACUCCUACAUGAGAUUCGACAUAAUCAAGAAGACAGAGAGAAAGCUACUGCUGUCGAACGAAUUGCCGGCGUAUAA